CUUUUUACCGUCGCAUCAGAGGCGAGCGCAGAUGUCUGCUGCUGCGCUAUUUAAAGGCCUCUAACUCUUCAGCUGUGGUCACCUACACGCUCAAACGCCUACCUCGCAAAGGGUUAAACGCGUAUAGAUGAGAUUAUGGUUGUAUUAACGAUUGAUCUGCGAUUAUUUGGACAAAAUCUCAGGAUAGAUGCGCAACAUUACGGGCGGUGUCAGCAGCUGCAAAGCGUGAGCUGUCCUCAAAUAACCUGCAGAUCUGUGACUCAUUCAAACCCCGACUUCAUCAUCCAGUCGGGAAGACCCGAAAUAACAAUCCGAUUUUCACAUUAUGUGUGUAUUUUGAUGUUCAAAAGUGAGAAAUCUUAGAAUAAGUGUAUUUUUAAACGGAAUUCGCAGUUAUGAGAUAUUUUCGGACCACUCCGCUAAAAACAGCAUCUGCGUCUCAAACUACGCAGUAUAACUUUCAGCUGAUUCCACCCCUGGCCUCAUAUGGCUUUAGAGUUGUUAUAAAAAGCUCACCUGGAGCUAAACCGGACCUCCAGGUGAAGCUUUAGAGGCCGUUAGCAUCAGGUUAGCAUCACAGGGCCCGCACUCUGACAGCUGCUCGGCGACGGAACAGCGCUCCUUUUUUAACCUCUACAAAGCUUAAAUAACAACAAAACCCGAACCACUACAUUUCAAACUCACCCCCGAUUGGCCCCCUUCCUUCGGCUUCAAUUAAACCAGGCGGGAAACGGCGUAUAAAUACCGAUAAUUCGGGCUGAAACUUCUUUUUUUCCAGCAACGUGUUCCUCUCCUGGAAGCCGGCUGGAAAGAUGGCGGGAGAGACGCAAACACUAGGCGCCGGUUUUCCUGACGUCACUGAGCAGCGACCCUCCCUACUCUCGUUAAAGUGGGAACAGCCAAAAAAAAAGCUGAUUUAAACCCCAAAAUCUCCUCCAAAUGCGCUAAAACAACGUAUAAGGAAAAUACAGCGACUUCAGUAGUAAGUGUCGCUUAUAUUUCUUUAGUUAACUGGAGUUACAGCCGCUUUUAGAAGGCAAACGCUAGAGAAAUGUUAGCUUUUAGCAGCUAGCCGGAGCCCUACACCAAACUCCAUUUAGAUUUUAGUUAAAUUUUGGUUGACUCGAUAACGCUAAAUCCAUCACAAAGAGUAGCAAGCGAGUAGUUAUUAUAAUAUUAACGUCUUGUCUUGAGUUGAGUUUGAAGUAUGAAUAACUUUAAUAUUACUGGGGUUCUCCAUUUAUCAGCUAUACCCGGACAGUAUUGAGCAAAAACUUGACACAAAAUGUAAAGUCUAGCCUUAUCAGAUGUAACUACAUGCAUGUAUUUUACGCUGAAUCAUUCUCCCCAGAAGUAUUUAGUAAUCCAAACCUAAAUGUGAGUUUCCUCAUUUAAUUACUCCUGAAGAUAUUUAAGGAAAGUUCAAAUUGCAAGAAAUUUGACAGGAGUUUGGCUGCUAGCUGGAGCUCCACACCAAACUCCCUUUAGAUUUUCGUUAGAUUUUAGUUGACUCGAUAACGCUAAAUCCAUCACAAAGAGUGGCAAGCGAGUAGUUUUUAUAAUAUUAAAGUCUUGUUUUGAGUUGAGUCGAAAUAUGAAUAACUUUAAUGUUACUGGUUAAACACACCCUGGCUAAACCUUGACACAAAAUUUGAAGUUUAGCCUUAUUAGAUAUAACUACACGCAUGUUUUUUAUGCCGAAUUAUUCUCCCUAGAGGUAUUUAGUAAUCCAUACCUAAAUUUGAGUAUUUCCAUUUGAUUACUUCUUAAGACAUUUAAGUAAAUUUCAAAUUGCAAGAAAUUUGACAGGAGUUUGGCAGCUAGCCGGAGCUCUACACAAAACUCCAUUUAGAUUUUUGUUCAAUUUUAUUUGAAUUGUUAACGCUGCAUCCAUCGCAAAGAAUGGCAAGUGAGUAGUUAUUAUAAUAUUAAUAUCAUGUUUAACUUUAAUUAUACUUGGGUUCUCCCUUUAUUGGCUAAACCCUUGACAGUAUUAAACAAAAACUUGACACAAAAUGUGGAGUUUAGCCUUAUCAGAUGUAACUACACGCAUGUGUUCUGUGCUGAAUUAUUCUUACUAGAGAUAUUUAGUAAUCCAAACCAAAAUUUAAGUUCCUCCAUUUAAUUACCUCGAAAGAAAUUAAAGGAAAUUUAACUUGGGAGAAAUUUGACUGGAAUUUGGCAGCUAGCAGGAGCUCUACACCAAACCCCCUUUAGAUUUUCGCUCAGUUACACGACUAGUUAACGUUGCAUACAUUGCAAAGAAUGGCAAGCGAGUAGUUUUUAUAACAUUAACGUCUUGUUUUGAGUUGAGUUUGAAGUAUGAAUAACUUUAAUGUGACAGGCUAAACAAACCUUGGCUAAACCUUGACACAAAAUGUUAAGUCUAGCCUUAUCAGAUGGAACUACAUGCAUGUGUUAAAAUCUUGAAUGUGUGUGUGUGUGUGUGUUUUUUUUGUAUGUUGUUGUUGUCUGAAUUCACUCUACAAGGAUGGCCACGCCAAGUAAGACCCCACCAGGCGCUGACCCGAAGCAGCUGGAGCGGACUGGGACGGUCCGAGAAAUUGGCUCCCAAGCGGUGUGGUCCCUCUCCUCUUGUAAACCAGGUCAGCCCCAGAUAUGAAGUCUGAUUUAUAAUACAACAUGUUACACUUUAGAAAAUUUCAUUGGUGCCCUUAAAGCAUGAAUUACCAUAUAUUUGUAGAGUGGGAUGGAGUCACUGAGACUGUAGCGUUGGUGAGGUUUUACGUAAGCGAGGGUUUUGAUCCACCUUCAGCUGGUCCGGGGUUUUUAACCUCCACAAAUAUCCCACAGCUUCUCCACGGGGUUUAGGCUAGUUGGCCUUAUCAAUCAAGCACAGUAAUAUCAAUAAUUUGGUAGCAGUUUUGGUGUCGUGGGCAGGUGCAAAAUCCUGCUGGACGUUUUCGUAACGCCAGUGUUGUCGACGAUGUGGUCAUCUGUUGAGCCUUCAUGGUCGUUUCUGUCGGGGGUAGCACUCGCAGUGCUGUCGGCUUCACCUGUUAAAGUGCUAUGGUUGGGUGUAGCUGCUGUCUGCUACGACGCAGUUGUUUGAUACUGUGUUUGAUAGUUGUUUCAUUGGCUAUUCCUAUAGUCAACCAAAACAUGGCAGAAUGACGACCAUUGAAAAGGAUAUUGACCAUGUUUUAUAUUGAUGCGUACAACGCUACUGCGCAAUGUUGGUGUCAGGAAGUGGAGAAAAAACGCAGAAUUAUCGAGAGCUUUUCGGCUUCAAAUCCGUGUACUGACAGAAGGCGGAACCAAGUUGUCCAGAGUAUAAACAGUCUAUGGUCUGAACUAAACUGAGAGAUAUAUUUCUGUUCUUCAAAAGUAUUUAAGAACUUUUUAAUGAUUUUUGAGAUGCGCCUUUCAUAAAGAUCUGAAAAUCUUCUACCUACACUCAGGUUUUGGUGUGGAUCAGCUCAGAGAUGAUAACCUGGAGACGUACUGGCAGUCGGACGGGUCACAGCCUCAUUUAGUCAACAUUCAGUUCAGGUAACGUGGACUCUUCUCGUACAUUUGAUGCUCUUAUGUGAAAUUUCUUUUCAUUUAAAGUUAUUUUCUCUGCUUGUUAAUCUUCAAACUCUUUUACUUCUCAGGAGGAGAACAACAGUGAAAAUGUUGUGUAUUUAUGCUGAUUAUAAGUCAGAUGAGAGCUACACUCCCAGUAAGAUCUCAGUCAGAGUGGGCAACAACUUCCACAACCUUCAGGAGAUCAGGGUAACUCAUUUUUGAUUUAUCAUGGAGUUGUCUCGGAGUGAAACAGCUCUUUAACCGUCUUGAACCGUCCUCCUCUUCGUCCCUGCAGCAGUUAGAGAUGGUGGAGCCCAGUGGAUGGAUUCACAUCUCUCUCUUGAAUCAGGUAGGAAUCGUCUCUUUAUCUUUGACUUUGGAAAAUGCUCCUUGGUGGUUUUUAAUCCUUCAGAUAUAACUGUCAAAAAUGACUGAAGUGUGUUUCUUUGUGUGUUUUCAGCGCACUAAUGAGCCCAUCAGCACCUUCAUGAUCCAGAUCGCAGUUCUCGCGAACCACCAGAACGGCCGAGACACUCACAUGCGUCAGAUCAAAGUCUACACGCCCGUUGAGGAGAGCUCCAUCGGAAAGUUCCCGCGGUGCACCACGGUAGACUUCAUGAUGUACCGCACCAUCAGGUGAUCUGGACUGAGACACCAUCCUGGGAAGUUUUUAGAUAUUAAAAAAACAAAUACACGGACUGGUCUAACGCCUGGAGCUGCUGAGACAACGGGGAUCCUUGAGUUUUAGAGUGAAUGGAUCUGUCUCUGCUCAUCGUUUCAGGUUUAUUCAAUGUUUCGUCUUUUUCAGAAUAAAAUACUGAUGUGGAGAGUCGAGCUGCCAUAUUAAUCCAACCUCAAUCAAAGCUAUCAAACACGAGGCUUUGGCCGUAAACGGACAAGGAUCUGACCCGGCUGCAUGUGGCCAGUAAACACUCUGGUUUGUUUUUAUCUUAAAAGUCGAAUUAAAAAAAAAAAGCCAAAAACCAGAUAUUUCAGAGCUCCAGUCUGAAACUGUUGUGCCUACAGACUGUUUCCUGCUGCAGAUUUGUUACUGAAUGUUUCAUUAAAUAUGUUUCAAAAUAAAACAGCCGCCCAGUUUUUACUGUAAUUAAUGAAAAGAGAUUAAAGAGAUUCUUAUGAUGUUAAAGGGAUAUUCUGGCGUAAAAUUAAUUUAGGGUCAAAUACAUCAAGUUAGACACCCCCUCAAGAGAUAAGUGUUGCCGACCGCUUGCUUCUCUAGUUAUACCAACUUUAGUAACGACCGCAGGAUAGCAAUACACAGCGGUCUGAGGAGACAUAAACAAACCUCAACCGAAACGCAACGGACUACAGCGGAGUUUCGCAGCUCAAGGAAGAACAUUUAUGAUCAUUUCUUUAUCAUUUCCUUGAAGUAAUAAUCCCCAUAUUAUCCUUUUUCACUGCAGACACGGUCAUUCCUCUAUCUUAGCAUCUCGUUCUGAUUGUAUUUCCUUGAAGAAAUGAUCAUAAAUGUUCUUCCUUGAGCUGUGACACCCCGCUGUAGUCUGUAAUGGACUGGCCUGAGGUCUCACUACAAACAAGCGGCUGCUGGAAGAGAGUAGGUGAGUUGUGUUUAGUCUCUUUGCUAAAGUUAAAAAGAUGUUUGGUGUCUAGUACUAUGGCUGGGACCCUAUAUGUACUAACCUCAGUAGAUCAUUGUGUAGUUUUGUUCAGUAACAGAACCUCAUUGGAAAAUUAUCUGAUUUAACUUUACUGUGCUCUUGUUUAAAUAUAUUAACUCUACAGCACAUAUAUUCAUACCUGUUAACAAAAUCAUGAUUCUAUUGAUAAUUCGGCUCAAUAAAAACACCUUUAGCACCUUUAGCUGAGCUGAGAUUAUGUUUCAAGAUCUUGAGAAAGUUUUUCACGAUUCCCAAAAAUCUGAACUCCUUAAAAGAACCCCAAAAUUUGUUACUAACUCCUGAGACACAUUUGCAAGAGCCUGAGGAACUUUUGAGAGAUCUCAUAAACCUUUUGCAGAAUCUUAAAAAAAAACCUUUUGUAAAAUUCUUAAAAUAAACAUUGUAAUAUACUUAGAAGCACUUGCAAGAUCUCUAGAUAGAUCCUUUUAAACCUAAUCAAGACUCUUAGAGAAAGUGGUCGAGAACUCUUACAAAAAUCCUACAAAAACAUUUCCAUGUUCAUGAUAAAAACUUUUAGAGAUACUCUGGCUUUUGCAUGAUCCCGAGAAAGUUUAAAGAUGUCAGUAAAAAAUGUUGGAGAUGUAAACUUGAUUAUAAUCUUGAGAAUUAGCAAAACACAAACAAGUGUUCCAGAUGAACCCUUACAUCUGAGAAGAACUUUUGAUUGACCCUGAAGAAUUUUUUUGAAGAUCCAACAAAAUCUUUACAAGAUCUUGAAAACCUCGGCAAAAAAAUGACAAAAAAAUUUAGAGAGCAUCUAUGAACAAUAUGAGCUUUUGACUUAAUUUAAGAAGCAAACAUUUGUUUUUAAACUUCAGUGGUUUUGUCUUAAUCUUUGAUUUAUGGAUGUGUUCAAUAUUUAUCAGUGAUUUUUGAACAAUAACAUAAAAUCGUCUGCUGUGAAAACAAAAACCUCUCUUAGUUAGUGAGGGUUCAGAGUGUGGAAGUUUGGCCACUAGAGGGAGCCAGAUACACAAGCUAGAGGUAAGAUGAUAGAUAGAUAGAUAGAUAGAUAGAUAGAUAGAUAGAUAGAUAGAUAGAUAGAUAGAUAGAUAAUCUUUCUCAUUAGUCCUCUAUUUGUUUGUUUGUUUGUUUUUUCAGUUUGUUCGUUUGUUUUUCCUCCCAGUUUUCUUUUAUUGUCUAGGAAUCCUCUCCAUCAAACUCGGUCAUUACCACUAGUACGUGUCUGUGGAGCCAGAGAGCCAAGCAGAUCCACAACCGUGACAGAUCCACAGUUCUCUUCGCGCCCCUGCUGGACAGGGUAGGUCACUGCACGACAGAUCCACAACCUGAAACACGUGACCGCCCCCUUCUUUCUGCUUCUUUCUCAAAAGUUAUCGGCUCAAAUGGAGCGACGUUAUGAUCGAGUACCAUUGUUGAUCACAUAUUUCUUAGUCAUUAAUAAAACUGUUGUCAAUGGCAGACACAAACUAUUGCAUUCAGGGGGUCAAAAUCAUCGCCAAGGAACGAAGAGUGUAAAAGCGAGGCCAAUCCCGAAGAUAUUGGGAUAAUAUAAAGUUGAUAUUUUGGUAAAAUAAACCCGAAAAAUUAGAGGUAGGCAGACAAUACAUAAAAAGACGAUAAGUAAAAAAUUGUAAAGGUAAGAAAAUCUAAAUGAAUAUCUAAAUAUGUGACUGUGGGCACUUAUUUAUUGAUUAACUUAAACGAGAUGUGGAACAGCGAUUAAAAAAAAGACAGUUGUGGAUCUGCUCGGCUCUCCGGCUCUGCGAACACCCCCUCGCCGUUACACUCAGAGUCGUCUAUACUCCGACUAGUCCGGUAAAUUCUAAAGUUCUAGAAUGCAGAUCAGAAUCAUUAACAGCCAAUCAGAGAGAGCGAGAGGAGUGGGCGUCAAAGAUUCCGGUUGCCAUAGAAACUGAAACCACUUCAGCCAAUAAGUGUUGCUCUGCUUUUAGUUGAAUUACAUUGAUUGAUCAGUGUGUGUGUGUGUGUGUAACACAGUAAACACACUUAAUCCAUCUUACACUCCAUCCACUCCAGUCUCGAGAUUCAAUUUGACUGCUGACGCACACGAACGCACACCCGAACACACACUUAUGGAUUAAACUGCACUCAGAUUUAAAGUUUAAUACAGCAAAAACAAACACAAACGUACUCUAAUGUUUUAUUCUGUAUGUUCUUGAUCUCCAACACACACACACUUUAGUGAGUCUCAGCCUGGUGUUUUGAGUAUGUUUUACUGGCGGCUACUUAGCCUGAGAGCUUUUUUUUUAUCUUUAAUAUGUUGAGCCUGUAGUCAGGACCUGUUUUAUCUUCUCAUCGACUUUUAAACCACAGUCACACACACACACACACAAACCCUGAGUUCUGGUAUACCUGUGAGGACUGUACCAGCAGUUGAAGUACCUUUAGCUGAGGUUAUGCUUAAGCGAACAGCCAGAGUUUGAUUACAGGCUGGAGAAUUAAAAAGGAGUUUUGCUCAUUUGUAAGUGAUUUUCUGUUUUUGAUCCACUCUAUUCAACUUUAGAGAACUUACAAAACAUAACAUUUACUAUAGUCAGUAACAUUCAUAAUUGUUCUAUGUGACAUUUUUAACGUACUAUACUAUGGCAUUUAUAUGACACUGUACUAUGACAUAUUUCAUACUGAAUUUUUUUCAAACUUAAAUAUAUAUUUUUUUACAUACAAUACGAUGCCAUUUAUUUCAUACUAUACAAUGACAUUGUUCACAAACUGAAAAAAAAAUUAAAAACGAAACAUUGGGUAAAAGUUUUCACAUUAAAAUUUUAAAUUUUUAACAUACUAUACUAUGACAUUUUUAUCAUUCUAUACUAUGACAUUUUUUUGUACUAAAAUUUGAAGAAAAAUUUAUGACUAAAAUUUGAAAAUUUUAACAUACUAUACUAUGGUGUUUAUGUCAUACUAUACUAUGAAAUUUUUUUUUAAUGCUGAAAUUUGAAAAAAAAUUUCACACAAAAAUUUAAAAUUUUUAACAUACUAUACUAUGUCAUUUUUAUCAUACUAUACUGUGACAUUUUUUUUGUAUUAAAAUUAAAAAAAAAUUUCACACCAAAAUUUGAAAUUUUUAACAUACUAUACUAUGACAUUUAUAUCAUACUAUACUAUGACAUUUUUUUCAUGAUGAAAUUUGAAAAAAAAAUUUCACAGCAAAAUUUGACAUUUUUAACAUACUAUACUAUGACAUUUAUAUCAUACUAUACUAUGACAUUUUUUUACAUACUGAAAUAUGAAAUUUUUUUUCACACUUAAAUUUGAAAUUUAUAACAUACUAUACUAUGACAUUUAUAUCAUACUAUACUAUGACAUUUUUUUCAUGCUGAAAUUUGAAAAAAAAAUUUCACACCAAAAUUUGACAUUUUUAACAUACUAUACUAUGGCAUUUAUACCAUACUAUACUAUGAAAUUUUUUUACAUACUGAAAUAUGAAAUUUUUUUUCACACUAAAAUUUGAAAUUUAUAACAUACUAUACUAUGACAUUUAUAUCAUACUAUACUAUGACAUUUUUUUACAUACUGAAAUAUGAAAUUUUUUUUCACACCAAAAUUUGAAAUUUAUACCAUAUUAUACUAUAGCAUUUUUUUAUGCUGAAAUUUGAAAAAAAAAUUUCACACCAAAAUUUGUCAUUUUUAACAUACUUUACUAUGACAUUUAUAUCAUACUAUACUAUGACAUUUUUUUACAUUGAAAAAAAAUUUCACACCAAAAUUUGAAAUUUAUACCAUACUAUACUAUGGCAUUUAUAUCAUACUAUAUUAUGACAUUUUUUACAUCCUGAAAUUUGAAAAAAAAUUUCACAUUAAAAUUGGAAAUUUUUGUCAUAUUAUACUAUGACAUUUUCUACGAAAUGAUAUUUGAAUCUUUUUUCACACUGAAAUUUUUUUCACACUUUUACAGCUGUGGGUGUGGGUGUGUCCUGUGUCUUCUGCUGUGUGUCUCUUCCUGUAGGUUCCUCCCCAGGUGUCUCAGGUUAACCUGCUUGGUGUGAUGAGUGGGAGUGGAUAUAAGAAGGCACAGCUGCGAUGAUUCUCUCUCUCUCAGCCCUCGUGAUUGACGCCCGUGCUGCAGACCUCCCGGCUUGUUGACUGUGUUUCCAUCAUGUGCAUUUUGGUGUUUUUUAAAGUCCAGGUUUUCCAGUGGCAGGAGCCUGUGGUGUUUAUUUUGUUUGUUUAAAUAGUUGGCAGUGAAUUUUGGUUUUUCAAUAAUUCAUUGAAUAUCGACCUCGUGCUUGCCUUAAGUUGUUUGAUCUUUUUGUUAUAACUUUUGACUGUAAAUAAAUUACUCACUUAUUCUGAUUUCCUGUUUCCUACUCUUCAUUUCAUCUCCCCUGCCUGCUCUAA